AAGGAAAACAAUCAAGAAAGGAUAUCCGAGGGGUGCCACAACACACUACUUCUUAUUAUCAUCAUUAUGGCUUCAAAUGUAAAUCAGUGAAGAGUACAAAUAACGAAAAAUAAUCCUUAGGUCAUCUUUCGUUUCUCUCUGUCUCUCUAAAGAGUAUUCGAAGGUCUAUUAUGGGAUCUUCAGGAAAAGAGUUUCCGAUUCCUGCCGCUUACCUCACUCCUUUCGGCGUACUUGCAUAUGCAGCUAAAGGAAAGCAAAUCGCUGGUAGAAAUUUUUCGGUGAUCAACCUUUUUCAUUUGACGAUAAAAUAUCUCCUUUUUCCCAUUUCCAUAUCGGAUUCGUUUCUUUUCUACCAACCUGACUUGAACUCGCUUAAUUCAAUCUUCUGCUUCAGGCCUCGGUGUGCUGGUAGUAUCAACGUAACUGCCUGCUAUUAUGAACUCCUUCCUUGAGCCUGAAGAAAAAUAUGGAGGCAAGGACACAACCCUCCACAUCUUGCUAACUCAGAGAGACUUGGGAUAUUUAAAGUUUCUCUUUGGUGACCAAUCCAACAGAACGAUAUAUUAUAGGGUCCAUAAGGAGAUGGUCACAUAUCUCGUUUAAUUUUUUCUUUUGCAAAACACUACUUUAUACUGAAGGAGAAGGAAAAAAUAAAGUGAUUUAUCUGCCCUUCUUUAUUUCAGGCUGCACAAAGUGUCUAAAAGAGGGGACCAACGGGGAACAAAAGAAGU